GGCUCGGCUGGCUCGGCAGAGUGCAGAGUGCAGAGUGUCUGUCAAGUGGUGAGCGGCAAGCGGGUACCUGCACGUCAGCGUGGCUCUCCCUGAUCUCGGAUCUUUCCCUCUUUUUUUUCUCUCGAGCUGAUCCCCUAGAAGCGACCCAACUAUCAUGGCCAACUGUGGCGAGUACAUCCGCAGCCAGUUCCCGACGAUAGACGACGAUCUCUAUGAAUACGUGCAAGGUAUCCUCGACAGCUCCAAGGAUGACUUCGAGGACGGCGACGAGGUGUACGAGGCGAUCGGACAGGUGUUGCACGAGGUGGCGGACAAAUCAGAAAACGAGGUUAGGCAAAUAUGCGUGAGACUGUUGGAAAUAUUGAAAGGUAGUUCCAACGACGACGACGACAUGGACAGGAGAAGAAACGGCGUUAACAAAGUAUUAAAUGCCCCGGUGCAUCUAGGCUCGCUAGCCGCUACCUUGGAGGCGCAAGUCGAGCAGAUUAAGAGUAUAUGGGUUACGACUAGGGACGACGCGAUGAAAGUAGAUGCCAAGAAGCUGGAGAAGGCCGAGGCCAAGUUGCAACAGAAGCAGGAAAAACGAAUUGUAAACGAGCUGGGAUCGGCUUCCCGUAUCAACACUGCCAAUCACGCGGCUGAAAGCGCGGCCAGCGCCAGUCAAAUGACCAGUAAGAAAGAUAGUCGAAUGGAGACGAAAGGUGGGGUGAACAAAACUCAGGAUAUCAGGAUAGAGAACUUUGAUGUCGCUUACGGCGAUAGAGUAUUAUUGCACGGUGCUGACUUGACGCUUGCAUUUGGCAGGCGAUACGGUCUGAUAGGUAGAAACGGACUCGGCAAAACUACCUUGCUUCGAAUGAUAUCGAGCAAGCAGCUGAGAAUACCGUCGCACGUGCGAGUGUUGCACGUGGAGCAGGAGGUAGCCGGCGACGACACGUCUGCGCUCGAAUCCGUUCUGGAAUGCGAUCAAGAAAGGAGCGCGUUGCUCAGCCAGGAGGCGAAAUUGCAAGCAGCGAUAGAGAAGGACGGCUCCAAGACGGGGGAUGUGUUGGGUGAGGAAUUGGCCCGGGUAUACGAGGCGAUGCAGUUAGCCGAGGUCGACAAGGCACCCGCUAGAGCAAGCGCCAUUCUGUCGGGACUCGGAUUCUCCAUUGAGAGGCAGUCCUGGUCAACCAAGGCCUUCUCCGGCGGCUGGCGGAUGAGACUCGCUCUCGCGAGGGCACUCUUCUCCAAGCCGGACCUCUUGCUGCUCGACGAGCCGACCAAUAUGCUUGACAUCAAAGCGAUACUGUGGCUGGAAAAGUAUCUGCAAACGUGGCCGAAAACCUUACUCGUAGUGUCGCAUGACCGGAAAUUUUUGGACACGGUGCCCACUGAUAUUCUGUACUUGCGCGGACAGAGAAUAGAGGCGUAUCGCGGCAAUUACGAGCAAUUUGUGAAAACGAAAGGCGAACGCGAGAGGAACCAGCAACGAGAGUACGAAGCGCAACAGGCUAAGAGAGCGCACGUGCAGGAAUUUAUCGACAGAUUCCGAUACAAUGCGAAUCGCGCGUCUAGUGUACAAAGCAAGAUAAAAAUGUUGGAGAAAUUACCUGAAUUGAAGCCAAUGGAAAAGGAAAGCGAAGUGACGCUCAAUUUCCCGGACGUUGAACCACUGAGUCCGCCGAUAUUGCAGCUCAAUGAAGUAUCGUAUAGUUACAACGGAAUCGACACGGUAUUGAGCAAUGUGAAUCUUACUGCCAGUCUGCAAUCGCGCAUUUGUAUCGUCGGGGAGAACGGCGCGGGUAAAACUACCCUCUUGAAAAUUAUCACAGGCGCGUUGAGCCCAACACGAGGGACGGUGCAUGUACAUCGAAAUCUCAAGUUUGGGUACUUUAGUCAGCAUCACGUUGAUCAACUGGACAUGCGUGUUUGUCCCGUCGAGUUGUUACAAACGCAUUUUCCCGGUAAACCAAUCGAAGAGUAUAGGCGAAUGCUCGGAAGUUUUGGCAUAAGUGGCAAUCUGGCUCUGCAAACCAUAAACUCCCUUUCUGGCGGGCAAAAGUCCAGAGUAGCGUUCGCGUUAAUGUGCGCCGCAACGCCCAAUUUCCUAGUGCUCGAUGAGCCUACGAAUCAUCUCGAUAUUGAAUCGAUCGAAGCAUUGGGGAAAGCUCUCAACAACUGCCAAGCUGGUGUAAUAUUGGUGUCGCACGAUGAACGUUUAAUCCAAAUGGUUUGUACAGAAUUGUGGGUUUGCGGAGAAGGAUCAGUUCGCUGUAUCGAAGAAGGUUUCGACGAGUAUCGCAGGAUCAUUGAGAAGGAGCUUGAAUUAUGAAAAAGUUUAAAUUUUGUCCAAAUUUGUGAUAUCGUCAUCUUACAUUGUUCUGUACUAAGUAAUUAGUAAUGCAUCAUGAUAAAACAAGUAUCGCCUUUAAUUUCGACAAAAGUUUUUUUUUCCAGGCAUUUAAUCGCCAAAGGUAUUUUAUUUAUUUAAAAAAAUACUUUUUCCGAAACAAAUUUAGUGACUGUUAAUAACGUAUUAUAUACAAUUUAUUUAUUAACUUGACACGUCUCUCUCGUUUUCCUCUUUAAUAACUACAAUGUGUAACUCCUGCCCUAAGAAAGAAUUUGUUAUCACGAAUUGUAUUUAUCUUCCUUGAAAAUUUCUUGUAUAUUGUACAUUUAAACAAAUUGUUCGACUGUGCAGGUCGAUAUGCAAUAGAAUAAAAAUAGAAUUUACAAAGAUUUACACACAUUUAAUAUUACUCUAUUAUAGAAGAAAGUAAUAAAAGAUAUUGUUAGAUAAAAGAAUGUUCUAUUUCAUUUGAAAAUAUAUUGACCGCUGUUACCAUUCUGCAUUGUAUAUAAAGAUUUUUAUUAUACAAUAUUAAUACAAUUAUUCUUAAGUCGACGAAUUGCUGCUAUGUAUGUAUGUAUGUGGGUGUGUGUGUGUGCGUGCAUGUGUGUGCAAUCGUUUAUUAGUAUUGAAAAAUAAGUUGCAUCUUUAUAUAUUUUGGCCUUUGUUAACGUCUAACGUAUAAUUAUCAAUGGUAAAAAAAUGUAUCGUAGAGUGUCCUGAAGUAAUGAUUUUUGCGUGAUAUUUAUUGAUUUUACAGAAGUAAAUAAGAAAAUGUAAUACAAUGAUUAAGAAGAUUAAAUGAGUAUGUUGUUUUU